AUGCCAGCUCUCGAUCCUUCAUCGGUCGUCGCAGUCUUAUCGGUGGAUUUUCAAUCUCUUGAUGAGCCUCUCAUUUCUUCUAUAGUGUUCGACUAUGCCCCAGAAGAGCUGGCCGAUAAGCUGGACGAAAUCAGAGACCAGCUCGGUAUCUUGGAAGCAUCCAUGGUCCCCGACGACGCCUUGGAAGAAUCAUGGGGCGGAAACAGACAAAGCCUUUCUAAAGAGCUGGCUGAGGAUCUGGCAGAUCCAGAUGAGCGUGUAGGCCGGAUGAAUGUGGCUUGGGACAACGAUCAGAGCGGGGAUAGCACGAGUACGGGCUCGUGGAAUACCAAAACAAAGAGCUCGACAUUGGGGUCUUGGUCGCAGUCCACUAGUGAGAGCCAGGGCCGGGAGAUUGGAGAGGGGGAUAGUGACUGGGGAAACGAUUCCAGUUUCGAUACAGAGAUCGGACUGCUGAAGGUGCUGUUUCCAAAUAUGCCGGUCACCGAAGUAGAGGAAGCUCUAGCAACUCAGGUUGGUCUCGAAGCUGCUAUUGACUACCUCCUCUCGAUUGAUCUCAUACGACAAGAUGACGAGCAUGGGUGGCCUGGCGAGCGAUUAGAUCGUGAAGAAAAGCCCUUUGUGCCAGUCAUACCCAAGGCCAAGAAGAAGAAGAAGGGCAAGGGUCACGGCUCUACCGCGUCAACUUCUUCUUCCUCCAUGUCUAUCAACGUCGUUCCUUCCGGUGGAACAAACAAGGGCGCAAACCCCUUCACGAAAACUAAACUUCGACCCCCUGCGCCGAUGGCUUACAGUUCCGCCAUCGCCCCAUCCCAGCCCCCUUCAAAUCGCGGUGCCAAAUCACCGCACUCAUCUGCCUUUUCCAUCGCCACUUUUCUCCGCGAUUGUGUGCCAUCUCAACCCGUGGACCACUUUUUGGACUUUUUCACGAACUCAGAAUAUGCUACAGUAUAUUCCGCGGCCAGAGCUAGCCUCGAAGCGCUGCCUAAACACCCAGCUUCUCCCUCAUCUCCCAGUACCGACAAGCAGUACAUCGAAACUCGUACCGUUCUCGAGGCCAUGUAUGAUGUUGAUCUGGGUGGUUUUAACAACCCCUGGAACGUAUCUGUGGAAGAAAGGGAGAAAUUCAAUGACCUUGCUGUCUGCAUCAAAGUCUCCGGAUUGGAUGUAUCGAGAAUCAUUGACCUCAUGGACUUUCUCCAAAGUCUGCGCGAGUUUCAGGCUCAAGAAGAUAAAGCAGAGCUUGUGGGAGAGCCAUACGAUGCGGGGCACUUGUCAUCGGACAACACGAGAGGUGAAGAUGGGCAAGAGUCGGGCGAGGACGCCAACUGGGCUAAACCGCCUGUAAUCGCACCGAAGCUGGCCAAAUCGGUUCUUCCUGGACCUGUCGCUCGCCCACCACCCAAAACUGCCAUGGCGAGAAAGGAAAGACGUAUUCCGGGGGCUGUACCCUCCAACGUGCCAAACGCCACAGAUAACUUUGGUGUCGCGUCGCCGUCGCCUGGUCUUAUACGCCGAGCACCUGCCGGCGGAAUGCACCCAGAGAAUUGGCAGACUGCCGCAGGCGAAAAGAAGGCGAAGGCGAAACACAGUGCCAUCGCUGCUUCUGCCCGGCCUACAUUACUGUCCCAAGAAACCGAAUACAACAAUUCUGUCCGUCAGGUCCAGAUUGAGCGUGCUAAACAGAUGACUGCUAUACGCGCUGCUGGUCGAAGUUUUGUUUCCGGCAACAAGGCCAUGAAACGGUCUGUAAUGGGCCACUACGCACGCGAGGCCCGAGAGGCGGGCGAUCGCAUCCGAGCCUUAGAGCUUCGGAACGCCCAUCAAGCCAUUGCAAUCCAGCACAGCAACUCUGCUAGACCGACGACCAGGAAUGGUGAUCGAAAUCGAAACCGAGUCAUUGACCUGCAUCAUCUCUACGUGCACGAGGCGGUGGCGGUGGCGCUUGAGAAUGUGGGGAAAUGGUGGACCGAAGAGAAACAAUUGAGAUCACAGGGGGCCGGUGCACACGGGAGAAUGAUGAUUAUUGUUGGAGCAGGAAAUCAUUCAGUGAACAAAGUGGCUGUUAUUGGGCCAGCGGUAGGGAAGGCGUUGGAUGAAGACGGAUGGAAAGUGAAUAAAGAGGAGACCGGGAGGGGAUAUAUCUUGGUACAUGGCAGAAAAUGA